UUUUCCCAUGCCGGUACGGCAGGUCGCUGUAAAGUUGAGGUUAUGUGUCAAAUUACGGGAGGUGUAGUGGUUGCAGUUUUACUUUCCCUGCGAUGAUUUAGCCCCAUUUGGAUGCAAGCAACCAACCAUGGCCGAGGUGAAGAAACUGCAGCAACACUUGGCCCUCCUCAAGGAGGAGUACUCGAAGCUCCAGAGCAAGUACCACGAAAUUGAGGAGAAAUACGACGCGAUUUCAGCCACCGCUGACACCACCGAAGCCACGUUCGCCUCACGGCUGCUUCACACAAUUGCCACUUUGUACAAUUCGAAGAGUUACAGCGACUUGAAAAUCAGGCUUUGCGACCGUGUUAUAAACGCGCAUAAGUUGGUUUUGGCGGCAAGGUCGGACCUCUGGACGGAGACGAGUCUCCAAAGCGAGCUGGAUUGGAGCGAACUGGACGCGGAUGUGGCUGAGGCUAUUCUGGUCUGGAUGUAUACAAAUAAAAUUGAGUUUAAGGAUGAGGAUUUCACUUUGAAAGUGAUUCGGAAAGCGCAUGAGUUCAAGUUGGAUAAUUUGGUGCAGAGUUGCGAACAAUUCCUAAUCUCUGCGGUGACAAUCAGGACCUGUGUGAAGCUGUAUUCGGUGGCGGAGGAAAUCGAGGCCCAGAAUUUGAGGGAGUAUUGCUCGGGGUUGAUUUCAACGCAUUGGGAUGACUUGAAUUCGAGCGAUUUUGAGCACAUGUCAGGGCCUCUGCUGUACCAAAUGUUGAAGAGCAAGACGCAACUGCCGCUGCAUUCAGCUGUGAGGCUCCAGAGGGAGGAUGUGGUGUUCUUGUGUCUGGUGGAGAACUCCUCAAAGUUGUCAGAUAUCGUCAAUGUUUGGAGUCCUAACGGGGAAUUACCGCUCGAUUUGGCAUUGCGGAGUCAUAAUGGCAGCAUUGCGGCAACACUGGUUCAACACAACGCUGAUAUUAAUAUAAGGGAUGUCCAAGGCGACACUUUACUACAUAGGGCGAUCAAACAGGAGGAUUCCUUUUCGGCUAUUUUUCUACUCGAGAAUAAUUGCAACGUUUCGCUGUCAACAAGGACAGAAAAUGACUCGGCGUUGCAUCUAGUCGCCGGUGCCCCCAAUAUCGCAGACGGAUCGAAGAUAGCCGAGAAAUUGAUCAACAAAAAUGUCAACGUCAACGCGCAAAACAGGCUCGGAUAUACGGCGUUGCAUAUCGCAAUCCAGGCCGACAAUCGGCCCCUUUUCGAACUUCUCUUGUCUCAACCGACGCUCGAUCUUAACCUCAAAACAAUCGACGAGCACGUCCCCCUCUACUACGCCCUCCUCAAACACGAAUCGGGUGACGAUUCCUCCGAUUCGUACGCCUCAAGUCUCAUCGCGAAAAACGCCCAAACUGGUGUACUCUACUCCUCAAAUUGUGAUAGUCUCCUUCAAAAAUUGAUCGAAGAGGGCGCUGCAAAUGCAGCUAUAUUUCUCACCAAUCACGUGUCGAAUUUAAAUCACGUGAAUAGCGAGGGCGAAUCAGCGUUACAUAUCGCCUGUUUGAAGAAUUUGACACUUGUUGUGGAUAAGUUAUUAGAGAUGGGUGCGAAUCCGAAUUUGCUAACGAAUGAAUUGAGACAGUCGGCGUUGCAUUAUGCUGUCAAAAACAACGCACUUGAUUGUAUUGAAGUGUUUAUUGUGAGGGAUUGUGGGGCGAAUUUUAACGCACGUGAUAUCAAUGGCGAAACGCCGAUUAGUUUGGCCCUUAAUGAAGGGUUUAAUGGGCUAGUGCCGGUCCUGAUAAAGGGCAAUGCUGAUGUCAAUGUGCGGAACGGGAAGGACUUCACGCUUUUGCACCAAGCCAUCUUGAAAGAAGAUGCAAAAACGGCCCUUUUCCUCCUUGAUAACGGCGCUGAUAUCAACGCAAAGACGGCCGACUCGGAGACGCCCCUCCAGCUCGCCAUUCAUUGCCGAUUGGGCGAAGUCGUCGACGCUUUAUGUAUAAGGGGCGUGGAUAUGUCGGCGCCUGACCGAUUGGGUAAUUGUCCAUUGUGGGCGGCGCUUGAUUCUGGUCAGGAUGAUAUUGCCAGUAUUUUGGUGCGACAUGGGGCAGAUACGGAUUGUUGGGGGGCGGGACCGGAUGGGUGUCGCCAGACGUUGUUACACAGGGCCAUUGAUGAGAAUAAGGAGGCGGCUGCGAUCUUUUUGAUCCAAUCAGGCUGCGAUUUGGACUCGCCGAGAAUGCCUGGUCCCAAUGGAGAGGGCGGGGAAGAGGCCAGGGAUAGGGCGGCGCCUUUGCAUCUGUGCUGUCAGUGGGGGCUCGAAACGGUGGUCAGGACUCUUAUCGAACAUCGCGCAAACGUAAACAGCCGAGACGCUGACAACAAGACCCCCCUUCACAUUGCAAUCGAAAACCAACACCCGGAAAUAAUUUCGUUACUUUUGAGCGUACCUGAAAUCGAUUUAAGCCUCCGAGACAAGUCAGGUUUGAGCCCUUUUGCCACGGCUUUAACGUUUCGAAACAACAAAGCCGCGCAAGCGAUUUUGGACAAGUUACCAUCGGCUGCUGAACAAUUUGACGCCAAGGGCCAGAAUUUCCUCCACAUUGCGAUCAAAAAGGGCGACAUUGAAAGCGCCCUUUUCCUACUAACCGUGCGCGUGGAUGUGAACUCACGUGUGCAGGACCCCAUGUUGACUCCGCCCCUUCACCUGGCGGCCCGCCACGGCAAUGAGACACUUGUCCGUAGUUUAAUCCUUGCGGGGGCGCGAGUGGACGAUCGUGACGCCCAAAAACGUACCGCCCUACACGUGGCCGCAGAGGCUGGCAACGCCCCCGCUGUCUCCGCCCUCCUGCAAAACAACUCCGAUUACGACGCCCUUGAUAUUGAGAAUAAUAACGCCCUGCAUGUGGCUGUGAGAGAAGGGCAUUUGAAUGUGGUCCGUGUUUUGUUAACCGAGUCAAGUAUCGACGCUGAAGCUGUCAACCUAAAAGGUCGAAACCCGUUGCAUGAGCUUUGUAAGUAUGGCAAGGACAAUGCGGCGGCUAUUUGCGAGCUGUUUCUGGAGUGCAUGCCGGAGUAUCCAAUCAAUAAGACUGAUAUUAUGGGCAACUCGCCUCUUUUACUGGCGUACAUGAAGGGGAAUGGCCCCCUUUGCCGGGUGCUGGUCAAGGCUAAGGCCUGCCUCGCUACGGAAAAUAACGAGAGAGUCACCAUUUUCAAUUAUCAGGUGCCUAGUAAGCAACUUCUGAAUCGGUUGUUGGAUCAGUUGGCCCAACCUGCCGGUUGGACUAGUACGGAUCUGUGUCAGGAGUGUGGGAAAAAUUUUUCGAUUACGGUCAGGACGCAUCAUUGUAGGCAUUGUGGAAGGGCGCUGUGUAACAAAUGUUCCGAUCAGGAGGUUCCGAUUAUUAAAUUUGGGGAGAAUAAACCAGUCAGAGUUUGUAAUGUUUGCUUCGAUGUUUUGAAAACCGGAGGAUAACGCAAUAAUUUACACAUUCCGCUUUAUUUUUAUAUAUUAUAGUUGUUUAUGUUAUCAAAUUUUAUUAAAAGGCUUGUAUUAUCGAA